GACGUCCUCGACCCAGAGGUGGCGCCUUUGGAAAUGCCGCUCCUCUCCCAGAGAGGCUACUACCUGACGAUCGGUGGCAGGGACGACUUCGUGGCAUCAAGGCGAGGUCUUCCUGGAGUCGAAACGAGGCUCAUGUUCAACAGACGACUGGCCGCGCUGGAGGCGGCGAGGCUGGAGGCUGCCGAGAGAGCCGAGGCGCUGACCGAUAACUACCUCACGCGGUCGAAAGCAAGAAAAGCGCCCCUGGCAGAUGGCCAGGAAAAUAAUGACAGCAAUAAAGACGGCGUCAAAGAGAACGGCGCCGUGGAAGAAGAGGAAGAAGCCACCGGCGAUGAUGAUUCGUUCACCGAAGAGCUGGAGGCGGACUACCUCGACUACAUAGCGACGCCCUAUGAUUACGAUCCUCCCAUCAGGCGUCUCGCUAGACGGCUCACUCAGCGCCGACUCUACCCGUAUCGA